AUGCUUUUUGGUCGUUUGUUUACACGACUUAGUAAAUCUUCUAUUUCAAAAAAUAACCGAUUUUACAAGCUAUUUGGGAGCUCAAUUCCGUGUCUCGUUGGAAGUAUCUGCGGUUAUUUCUACUACGAUAACAGUCCUUACAUACACAUGACUGGUAGUAUUAAAGAAAACUUUGAAAAUGGGGAAAAUAGUAGCAAAUAUAUUCAAAAACUACCAAAUCACGUGCAAUAUUUGCUGAUCGGAGACGGAGUGGAAAUAUUCUCCGCCGCUCAGGCGAUUCGUGCCUCGGAUGUGACUUCAAAAGUUGCAGUGGUGUGUCCCCGUGGUCACCCGCCUUACAUCAGGGACGCAUUUGUUAGGGAAUUUGUCGACUUUGAUCGAGACAUCUCUUCUAGACAAGAAAUAUACAAUGUUUUCAAAAAAUUGUUUUUUGAGCAACCCAAUUUUUAUUUGGACAUUUCGGAUUAUUCAAACAUCGAAAAUGGGGCAAUUUUCAUUGCAAACAACUUAAGAGUCGAUUCAGUAGACUCGGAAUCCUGCACGGCAAAGUUUGGCCCAGAAAUUGUGAAAUUCGACCGCUGCCUUGUCUCACCCUCCGCUGUUCCUAAAAUCUCUCGGAACCUAAUUCACAACUUGUCUACAUUUGACGAUUUUUUGGACAUUUUUUCGGUCUUGUCGGAGGCUAAAAAUGUGAUAAUAAGUGGAGAUUCGAUAAUGGUUGCACAACUUAUUUCAAUCCUUCAAACCCACCCUCAACGAUUGUUCAAUUUAACUUAUGUUCGUCGUUCAGAUCGCCCUCUACUGUCGGGAGUUCUUCCUCUUCAUUUGGCUCAAGUUGUGGAGAAUGAACUGGAGAAAUAUGGUCUAAAAGUGAUUAUCACAAAAGAAAACACAGAGACUGUCUGUCCUCACGGCGUGAAGGUUAGUCUGUGUUUGGAAGAUGGGGUCACUGUUGAGGGGGACCUAUAUAUUGAAAUUUCGCCAGAUUCCAGAAUAAACCAUCUCUUCGGGACUUCUAGUAGCGAAGAAGGGGAAGUUAUGGCCGACAAAUAUUUGAAUGUUAGUCCAAAUAUUUGGGCGGUCGGAGAUUCCGUAUCUGUCGAGAAUUUUUACUUUGGAAAGAGGUCAUUUCAAGGAUAUGACAAUGCAUUCAUGUCAGGAAAAUUGGCGGGUCUGAAUAUGACAGGACAUGAAAUGAUUCACAGAAUCAUUCCUAUGUUUUGGUCGUAUGUGGGUCCCAUAGAAUUGGAAGGCUGCGGAGUCCUCGAUCCAGUUUUGAGAACAGUCUCAGUAUUUGAAGACGAACAAGCAAAGAGCAUUUCGGAACGACGAGGAGUGAUAUUUUACUUGAAUGAAGACAGUGUUAUUGUUGGAGUAUGCCUUUGGAAUCCAACGAGAAAAUCUUCUUCUCAUUUAUUACGACAAGUGGUUGCCAGUAAAAUUAAGGAAGAUGAUAUUCUGGGGGUUAGCAAGUUAAUCAACCUGUUUGAUGUUGAAGAUAAUAAUGACGAGCCUUAA